AUGGCGGCCGUGGUGUUUCUCUCUCGGGCUCUGGGGUCGGAGCAGCUCGGCGCUUGGCGCGGCCGCUGCUGUCGCGGCCGCUUCGCGCCGCCCUGCGCCGUCCCCGCCGCAGCCGCCGCCGCCGCCGCCGCCUCCCUCCGGCUCCACGCUCGCGGCGCCGCCGAUGGCGGCGCCGCGGCAUCAUCACUCUUGUUCAAACAACAACACAACCACCAUCACCCCUCACGCACGUACCACACCACCACCAUCACGCCACACCACACAUCAGCAUCAUCAUCAGCAUCAUCACCACCAACACCGACGUCCUAUUACGACGUCCUCGGCAUCUCGGCAGCGGCCACCACGGCCCAGGUGAAGGCGGCCUACUACCGCCGGGCGUUCGCCUGCCACCCCGACCGCAACGUGGGCGACGCCGAUGCGGCCGCCCGCUUGUGGAGCGUGUCCGAGGCCUACCGCGUGCUGGCCCACCCGGCCCUGCGCAGGCGUUACGACGCCGGCCGGCUCAGCGCCGCCGAGGCGGCCGCGGCCGGGCGGCCGCCUCGCGUGCGGACCGGGGCCAAGGACGGAGGUGGCGGCGGUGGUGGUGGCGGUGGUGGUGGCGGUGGUGGUGCGGGAGGGACGAGGGCGAAUAAGCCUUGCCCGUUUGACUUUGACGAGUUCUACCGUGCCCACUAUGGCGCUGCCCGCGAGGCCGCUCUGCGUGCCAAGCGGCUGCGGGAGCAACGCCACCACCAGCACCAGAACAACCACCAGAACCACCACCACGGUGACCACCACCAGCAGCACCACCACGGGGCGGGAGAGGAGGGAGAGGGGGGAGUGGCCUCGCGUCUCCUCGUGGUGGUGGCCACGCUGGGCGCGGCAGCGGCCAUCGCCUCUCGCUCGGACUCCUGACGGCGGUGACGUCGCCGGGCGUCGCCACCGUCUACGCUGACGUCAUCGUCGUCGUCUGCGAUGACGUCAUCGCCGUCUACGCUGACGUCAUCGUCUACGCCGACGUCAUCGUCGUCUGCGCUGACGU